AUGACUUGCAUUUCGAAAGCAUUCAAUGGCACCGUUUUCCACACACAUUCAUCCCCUUUUCCUCACCACCAUAUCUCUCAAUUACAACCCCGCCUCCAUUCCAACGCAUCAAUCACAUUCCGCUCCACAAAAUGUAUCAAUAUCUCAUCAUCCCACGCCGUUCCUCCUCUUCCUCAAAACCAAAUCAUCAUUGGAUACGGAAUGACGACGGUGGAUUUUUUGGCUACCGUGGAUGGAUAUCCGAAACCGGACGAUAAGAUCCGAACAACCUCCUCCAAGGUGCAAGGAGGUGGAAAUGCCGGUAAUGCUUUAACAUGUGCGGCUCGACUCGGAUUGAAACCGAAGCUUAUUUCCAAGGUUGCUGAUGAUGCUCAAGGAAAGAGCAUAUUGGAGGAACUUGAAGCUGAUGGUGUUGAUACUUCAUUUAUCGUUGUAUCCAAAGGUGGCAGUUCAACAUUUUCAUAUGUACUUGUAGACAGCCAAACAAAAACUCGCACAAGUAUUUACACCCCUGGAGAUCCUCCCUUAAUGCCAGAUGAUUUGUCUCAGUCAAUGUUAUUAUCUGCAUUUGAUGGAGCAAGAUUAGUUUAUUUUGAUGGAAUGUCUAUUGAAACUGCUCUAUUUGUUGGCCAAGAGGCUGCUCGCAAUAAUAUUCCUAUUUUAGUUGAGGCAGAAUCGCCAAGGGAAGGGUUGGAUGAGCUAUUGAAGCUUGCUGAUUAUGUUGUAUGUUCAGCAAAGUUUCCUCUGGCUUGGACUCAGGCACCAUCUAUCCCGAGUGCAUUAGUUUCCAUGCUUAUAAGAUUGCCAAAUGUCAAGUUUGUGAUUGUAACUCUGGGUGAAGAUGGCUGUCUAAUGUUGGAAAGAAGUACAAACGAGGAUGUCAGCAUAGAAGAAAGGAAUCUAGAGAGCUUCUUAGAACCCUUGUACAAAGAGAAAGAUGAUAGCUUGGCUAUUCCAACAUGUAUAUCAUCGGUGGUGAGAAAGUUCAGAUCAGAUGGAAUAGGCACAAUUUGUGGUAGAUUCUUGAUCGGAACAGCAGAGAAGAUACCAGAUUCUGAGCUUAUUGAUACAACUGGUGCAGGGGAUGCAUUUAUUGGAGCAAUUAUGUAUGCCAUCUGCUCAAACAUGGUACCAGAGAUAAUGUUACCCUUUGCUGCACAAGUAGCAGCUGCCAAGUGUAGAGCUUUGGGAGCUCGAACCGGUCUUCCUCACCGAACAGAUCCACGCUUAGCAUCCUUUUUAUGCUGA